AUGGGUCAACUUUGCUGCUGCUGCUCAGACUGCCAGCCGGAGGCCAGGCGUCCUCGAGAUGGCCGCAGUGAUGUCCAGAUCGGUGCUCCCCAGGACGUGACCAUCCAGAUCCCGCGGAACCGGAACGACCCGCAAGGGGUGCCUAUCCAGCAGGUCACCCGGGACAUCGAUCAGGGAGUACUGCGCGCCGCCCUCGAUCACGUGUCGCAGUUCAUGGAGCGCCGGAACCGCCAUCUCAGCGUCAUUGCCGUCGGCGGAGCGGUGAACACCCUGUACCUGCGUUCCAGGGCGACCACGCACGACGUCGACGUCUUUGGGUCCGACUUCGGCAAUGAGUCGCGCAUCUUGCUCGACGCAGCCAUGCACGACGCGCAGCAGCACAUUCCAGAGCUUGGCACCGACUGGCUCAACACGGAGACGCAGCUGUGGAUGCCGGGCCGGAUGCACGACGAGCUGACACAGAUGGCCCGGGAGCAGAACGUCCAGGUCUAUCACGGACGGGGGCUGACCAUUCUCGCCGCCCCGUGGGCGUACGCCUUCACUGCCAAGCUCAGUCGCAUCCUCCUCGGCGGAGCCCACGCGCGUUCUUACGACCUGGCAGACGCGGUCACCUACAUCCACGAGUACAUUCGAGCCCACGGCAACCAGCCCGUCCCAAUUGCAACCGUCUUCGACUGGGCCCGUCGUUGGCAUCAUGAGAUCACAGACGAUCUCCUGAGGAAUCGCGUGGAUCCCGAGUAUGUUCGGCGCUAUGGACGGCAUGCGUUUACCUAUGAUUAA